CUUUACUAACCGCCAUCUUGGAUCGUAAUAGGGACCACUUACACUCUUCGGUAGCAAGCGGACAAAUAAUGGUCAUGAAGAGGUCUUCUGAUUCAGAGACGCUUUCGAAGCCUAAACGAAUUCGUUCACAGAGGGAAUUCGACGAUAAUGGGGUUCGCGAUAGAUUAUCUUCGCCGGAAAGCGCACGGGAUAGUGGUUCCCCGAUCCGCCGAAGUGCUUCAUUGACAAGGAAGAUCGAUGUUAGGACGUAUAAGCGCAGCUCAAAUGUAAAUAUGCGAAACGAAAAUAACUAUCAAAACCAGCGAAAGAGAAUAGACCGAGAGUCUGAACCCCACAUCCGGCUCUCGAAUCUUCCUAGUAAUGUCGGAGACCAGUCUGUGAAACAAGAAAUAUUCCACGAGUUCAAAAAGUUCGGAGGAGCCGAGAUAACCGUGCACUUGUCUGGACGGGAUGAUGACCGUUAUGGAAUUGUAUACUUCCGAAACAUUGACGAUGCUCGCGAGGCAAGGCGUGCUAUUGAACGCCGUGGACGUCUUCUUCUCUUCGAACGGCCGGUUCUUGUAGAUUACGAUUUUCCCGAAAGGACGUCUCGACGAAGUUAUAGUCCGAACGAGUACCCGCAGAACUACAGUCGACCGCCUUCUCCUACACGUCGAACUCAACGAAAUAACCCACAGUUUGAUCUCGAUCGAAAUCGCGGUGACAACGAUCGAAAGAAUUAUAAAAGUACGGGCAUGUUUGGACAGCAAAAUCAAAUUCGGCCCGCAGAGUACAUUCCCCCAGAAGAUGACCCUAAAGCUACGAGGACGCUCUUUGUCGGAAACUUGGAAACGGGCAUUUCUAGUCAGGAAUUGCGUCGUGCCUUCGAGAGAUUUGGAGCUGUUUUAGAUGUUGAUAUCAAACGGCCAGCUCGUGGACAAGGUAACACCUAUGCUUUUGUGAAGUUUGCAGAUCUUGAUGUUGCCGCUAAAGCGCGUGUGGAUAUGCAAGGUGAAAUUAUCGGUCGUAACCGCGUGAAAAUUGGCUACGGAAAAAGUCAACAAACUACCCGUUUAUGGGUGGGUGGUUUAGGGCAGUGGACCUCGAUUGUCGAGCUGGAACGAGAAUUUGAUCGGUUUGGUGCCAUCAGAAAGAUUGACUACGAAAAAGGCGACGAUCAUGCUUACAUUUUGUACGACAGUUUGGAUGCUGCGUCGGUCGCUGCUCGUGAAAUGCGUGGAUUUCCUCUUGGCGGCCGUGAUCGUCGUUUGAAAAUUGAUUUUGCAGAUAAAGAUCAUUUACAAGACCCGCGUUUGAGACAACCGCUAACUCCACCGAGAAACCGGAUCAAUGUCGAAAACAGAGUUGAUGAUGACUUGUUUGCUAUGGAUCAGGGAAAUAGAACCUACGAAAGUGACCGAGUAUAUGAUCGAAAGCGUGAGCCAUCGCCUUACCGCGGUCGGGAGCCUCUUCCUACGAAUGAAAGUGAUUACAGAAAUUGGCGCGAAGAGAGUAAUUCGUUUAAACACGAUCUUGGACGUCAACAUGAUCUUCCUCCCCAGAGAUCUUUUAGCUCAAGCAGCUGGCCAAGAGAUGAGCAAAAUGUUUGUGUUGAUGACUCAGAUAAUUGGGACAAGAGGUCUCUGGACCGAAAUUCUAGAGGGCAGCAACGCUUCAGACAGCGGCCUCCUCCAAUGGAUGAUUUUCCACCUAAUGACCAUUCACCGUUGCCUCAGCGAGAGAUUGACAUCAGCAGGACUAGAAAACGUAGACCACCCUCCCCACUGCGGAACAAAGAAUAUAGGGAUAAUGGAAGUCCCCCAAAACGUCGCAAAAGCCCAAGAACUAGGUCUCCCUCUCCAAACCACACAAACCACUCGCGUACAACAUCACCUUCAGACUCACAUCGCGGAUCAAGUUCUUUAGACACGCGCUUCAGUCGUUCACGAGGAGAUUGCCUAAAUUCUGGCAAUGGUACUGAGCAUAAAAGGAGCAGUAGUAAUGAUCCUAAUGACAACAAAACUCCCAGUGACAAAGAAGAUUCUCUGAAAGACAUCGAGCCAAAGGAAUCAGCGGAACAGGGAAAUGAGAAUGCCAUCGCCACUGGAAGGGAAACCUUACAAGAUCUUGUCAAAAGAUUUGCUGUUGCUUGGCGUGGUGGACUCAUCCUUAAAAAUAGUGCAUUUCCUGUUCGAAUGCAUUUCAUUGGUGGAAAUCCUGAAGUUGCUGACUCAUUACUUCGUUCAGAUGGAUCUGGCUCCUCACAGAAUUCAAUUUUACGUAUUACUCAGCGUCUUCGUUUGGACCAGCCUAAACUGGAGGAAGUCACCCGAAGGAUUAAUACUGCUGGAGCUAGCGGGCAUUGUUUGUUACUUGCUUUACCUGGUGUUCAAACACCACUUCCUGAUGACCCAGAAUUUGAUGAAGCUUUGCAACAAAGACCAUUGAGGAAUCUCAUGACCUAUCUCAAGCAGAAACAAGCAGCUGCAGUUGUAAACCUUCCUGUGACUCCUGGAAAUCCGGCAACAACAAAGGAUGAUGUUGGUGUUUUACAUGCAUUUCCUCCAUGUCAGUUUUCACAUGAGCAUCUGGUACGUAUAGCUCCACACUUGUCACCUGAACCAUCAAAAGAAGAUCAUCUGGUUAUUCUUGUUAUCCGUGGCAGUGGCUAAAAAGUUUCUGUGUGACUCUAAAGUUUUUUCAUCACUCUUGUAUAUUAAAUGCUGCUUCUUUACUGGAGGACUGGCUUCAUUAGAUUUGUUUAAUUGUGAACUCUCUCCUGGAACUCAAAAGGCCCAAAGGCUUAUUGUCAUCUUGACUGGAAUUAAGUGUUUGUGUCAAUGACCUCAUCAUAUUGUCUGCAGUUCUUUUGUCAUUUGGAUCAAGGUCUCGUCGUAAAGAACUCUUGCCAAGUUGCCUUAUUAUUACCAAUAACUUUGAAAAGAAAUCCUUGUUGUCAUGUUACCUUUUGUUCUGCCUUGUCUUGAAGCACAGGCAUUUAAAUAUCUACAAGGCUUACAGCUUGGAAGGUGCCUUCUUCAAAUUGUUAAGCUGCAUUAAUGUUCACUGGUUCUCACAGAUCUUCAAAUCUAGCUUUUGGCCUUUAUAAUUUGUGUGUCAUAAUGGACUGAGGACUCUUAAGAGUAGUUUAUGUUCUUAAUCUUGCUCAGUAAUGGUGGUCAACAGGGUAGUCAGAGGAGUGGUGUCUCUUUUAACCCUUUCUCUCCCAGGAGUGACCAAGACAUGAUUUUAUAACUCCAUUAUCAAUAAAAUAUCAAGCAGAUAAGUGAUGACAUUAGGGAAGAUAUCAACCAGGGAAUAAUUUUUUUGGUCCAACAUCAAAUUCUCCACCCUAAUAUUUUAGUAAUUGUAUAGCAGACAAUAGGGAGAAUUACUAUUUAGAUCCAGGGAGUGAAAGGGUUAUAGCACCAAGAGUGCAUUAGAGCUACAAACAUCCUCAUAAAGCACGUUAAACUUGCAGUAAAUGCCUACCUAUGACUAUCUUAGCAGUAAAAUAACUAAACUCUGAAUUGUUUUUGGUGUAGAUAUAACACUAGGGUAAAUCGUCUUUCAUGGAUUUGGUGGUAAUGUUGAGAACAAUUUUUGCAUUUAGUCAGACAAAAGGAGUAAGCAUCUAUCUAUGAAUUAUGGUGUGUUCAGUUCGUUUACUCUCAAGGUAAUUGGUGUUUAAUCAAGGCAACUCUCCCUCUUGUUUAAAGUUAGACAGGGCUCUUUUCAAUUGAUUGGCUUAAAACAAAACCAAGGUAACUGAGGCAGUCAAACAGGACAAAGAUUAUUAGAGCCAAUGCAAUUUUAUAAGAGGUGAUACAAAUUAGGCUCAACUGCAGGGGAAGGAGACUGACCAAAUCCCAAUUGCUCUUACUUUUGCAUCUGAUCAGUUGGAAUUAAGACUUUAAACCAAUCAAAGUGCACUCAUGUGCCAAAUUCAAUCCCAGAUAACCACAGACAGUCAUUUGAAAAUUGCCUUUAACAGUUUGAAACUGAAUAAGGAAGCAUUUCAGCCUCGAGGAAGCAGUAUUAUUAAAAGUCAUGCAUAUUUUAACCGGUAAUUAGUGUUCUGCCAAGAAGUUUGCUUUUAUAAUAUGCAAAUUGUUAAUCCAUACGUAUCUUUGUAGUGGUCAAGCUUGUCACUGUUACCCAAAGAAUGAAAAUGGCUAUGUGUAGGUUCUAUACCGUGAUGGUUAUUGGUAUACAUAUUACAGUUUCCAAUGAUUUAUUCCACUUGGUAACUCGGAGGAUGUAAAGAAUUGAGGCCCUGAUCUCCUCUACUUUCAUCCAGUUGGAGUUAGAUGGAAAGUAUGCCUUCUUUGGUUCAUGUGCAUUUGGCAUGUUGACAUACUUUUUUUAACUCUUUGAGUGUAACAAUUAGAUGGCAUUACAUUUAUUAAACUGAUUAUCAAAGAGAUUUUGGUUCAAGUGGCUUGUUUGUUAGCACUGGGUUCAGGAGCACUCAGCUCAGUGGCUGAUUCACAAUUUUUUUUCUUGGAACAUCAUAAAUUGCCUCGUCAGUUUCACAACACUGACUUCAUUUUCAUGCAACAUUCCAGGGUAUGUGUGACCCUCUGAUGCAAUUGGAGACUGCACACCCAUCCUUUUGAAUCUGUGAUGUCAGGUGUAACCAGCACAUUGUUGGAUGGUGUUAGUUAUGCUGAUUAUUGAGUCAAAAGUGGAGCUGUACUUCAAUAUUUUACCAUGAGCUGCCAUGGGUACAUCAUUACUGAUUUGAUUAAAUAUGAGAUUGGAGUUGGAAGUCAAACUUUACUACAAACAUUUUGAAAGUGGAAAAUGUCUGACCAACCAAAUUAAAUGUGGAAACAUGUUUAGACACCUUACAUUUACCACUUGUACUUCUAAAGGAUUUCUAAAAAUUGAUACUCAAAGUAGUCUGGCUG